AAUAGCAUUAUUUCAUCCGUUUGUCCAUGAACUUUAUAGUUUCCACUAAGCCACCUCGUUUUUUUUUUCAUUGGGAAAACGGGUUAAAAAAAUUAUUUUCUGUUUAUUUUAUUUUCUUCACUCAUUUAAUAUACUAAUAGAAAAUGUCACAACAUUCCGACGAUGAAGAUGGGUUUGCUGGAGACUUGUUUGGUGCGGAACAAGAAGUAGAAGUUCCCGAAGUUGAGCCUACGUUUGAAGUGUACACAAGAGAAUCUGUUCCAGAAGGCACGGCACAACGUGACUUGAAAAUCAAGCUGGUUGGCUCACACCCCUUAUGGGCACACCAUUUAUGGAACGCUUCCAAAGUAUUUGCAUCCUUAUUUGACCGCACACCAGAAUUAGUGAAAGACAAAUACAUUUUAGAGCUGGGAGCGGGUGGAGCUUUACCCAGUUUGGUAGCAGCAUAUAAUGGGGCAGCCAAAGUGGUAGUAACUGACUACCCCGACCAGGAGCUCAUCGAGAACAUCCAGUACAAUGUAGAUCAUAAUAAGGCGCCCAAUGUGAUUGUGGAUGGAUAUGUGUGGGGUACGAAUACAGAUGGUUUACGGUCGUAUUUACCAGAAGGUAAAAGUACAUUUGAUGUCUUGAUCCUUAGUGAUUUGGUGUUUAAUCACUCCCAACAUCAUGCCAUGUUAAAGACCUGUAGAGAUUUAUUGACCCCAAAGACUGGCCGUGUCUAUGUAUUUUACACCCAUCAUCGUCCCCACUUGGCUCACCGUGACCUUGAAUUUUUUGAGAUUGCACAAAGACCCGUAUUGGAAAACGUGGAUGCAGAAGAUAGAGAUCAAUUAGGUUACGGAUUCAAAGUAGAGGAAUUCAUGACGGAAAAGAUUGGCGUCAUGUUCAAGGAGGAUCCUGGGGAUGAAAAUGUGCGUGCCACUGUUCACGGUUGGCAAUUAUGGCUAGAAUAAAUAAGAAGAAAAUAAUAAUAAUAAUAAUAAUAAUAAUAAUAAUAAUAAUAAUAGAACGCCAGUGUUUAUAUGUAACAGGGAGUUUUUAUGACAAAUCUUGGCGAUAAAUACUGUCAUUUUGACAUCAUAUCUAUUUUAUUUUUGGGAAUUCGACUCCUUGUUUUAGCC